GCAUGCUAUUCUCUCUCUCUCUCUCUAUCUCUCCUCUUACGCAGCGACUGCCGAGACACGACGACUUCGGCAUCUCAUUCUCUCUCUUUCUCUCUCUCUCAGAAGCUCUGCUCGAAAUCAACUUUGGUAGCCAUGAAAGCUGAGCUCUCCUAGACCAGGUUAAUUUGCUUUUUCACGUGGGUUUGAAGAGUGUUUCUUCCCCAUGGAGAUGGACUCAGUUCAACUGAAUAACAAUGGACAUUACAUUGAAGAUGUGUCUAAUGAGCAGUCAAUUUAUCCAAAAUCUCCUGAUAUUUGCGAUGUAUUUGGAGAUCCAGAGAUACCACCUCGACUUGGAGUUGAGUACCAGGCUGAAAUUCCUCCUUUAACGACAGGAUUUGAGUCUCUUUGGUAUAAGAAGAGCCCCAGUGGUGCAGAAAUCGUAGCUAGUGACCUCUAUGAUUUUGUAGUGGGACUGCCUGUACCAAUUAUGUGGAUCAAUGAAGAAUCUAAGAAUAUCAAACAUGAAGGUGAUUCGAAUGACGUAUCCUAUAAAAAUGGGUCUAAUAAGACAGAAUGCAUCAAGGAAACACAGACUCAGAUCAUGGGCAACUCUAAACUUAAAGUUGAGCCCUCAGGCAGCACAUUGGAGGAUGGGUUAAGGAUAGUAGAAUCAGAAAACUCAAACAUGCAACAAGGAAUAAGGAAUGAAAAGCUUGGUGAGCACAAGGCCAAAGGACACUGUCCUGCUCCUGGCUCCAUGGGUGAGCCAUGGAGUGAGAUUGAAGAAGCCAGUUUUCUCCUUGGUCUAUAUAUCUUUGGGAAGAACCUUGUUCAGGUGAAGAAAUUUAUUGGCAAUAAAAGAAUGCAGGAUAUACUGUCAUUCUAUUAUGGGAAGUUUUAUAGAUCCGACAAAUAUUGUAGAUGGUCAGAGUGCAGGAAAAUAAGAAGCAGAAGGUGUAUUUAUGGACAAAGAAUUUUUACUGGAUUGAGGCAACAGGAAUUCCUAUCUCGUUUGCUUCCUCAUUUAUCAAUGGAAGACCAAAAUAUUUUGACAGAGGUAUCCAAGACAUUUGGAGAGGGAAAAAUUUCUCUGGAAGAAUUUGUCACUACUUUGAAGUCUAUAGUUGGGAUAGAAACUUUUAUCGAAGCAGUUGGAAUCGGUAAAGGGAAGAAAGAUCUCACUGGUAUGGCCAUGGAACCUCUUAAAUCCAAUCAAGUUGUUUCUGGCCGCCUGGACAUACCAAUUGGCAAAGCAUGUUCCUCUCUUACGCCUGAGGAAAUUAUCAAGUUUUUAACAGGAGACUUUCGGUUAAGCAAAGCCCGGUCCAGCGAUCUCUUCUGGGAAGCUGUUUGGCCCCGUUUACUUGCCAGAGGGUGGCACUCUGAGCAGCCCAAGAAUCAUAACUAUGCUGCCGGUCCCAAGAAUUCUUUGGUCUUUCUCAUUCCCAGUGUUAAGAAGUUCUCAAGAAGAAAGCUGGUAAAGGGAAACCACUAUUUUGAUUCUGUCACUGAUGUCUUGAGCAAAGUUGCUUCAGACCCUGAACUCAUUGAGCUUGACAUUGAAGCAGAUAUCGGCAACAAAAGCAAAGAAGAGUAUGGAUUGAAUAAUGAAACAAAAGCAGAUGAAGAUAAUUUGUCUAGGCAGACACGCCAUUGUUAUCUUCAACCAAGAACACCUAAUCGCCAUGCAGACCUCAUGAAAUUUACUGUUGUGGACACUAGUGUCAUAACUAGCGGAGAAAACUUCAAGGUGAGAGAAUUGAGAAGCUUACCAUUUGAAUCUUCAAAUGCUUCAGAAUGCGGAAGUCAUUCUGAAGAUGAAUGCACUUCUGAGGACUCAACAGAUGAAUCAAACUCCUCUGGAAAUUUGUUCUAUAAUCAGAAGGAUUAUGAUGAUUCCAGACCAACAAUAAUUCCUGGUGUUAAGGCACUUUGUUCUGUCUUGAAAGAAUUUGAAGUUAGCUCUUCUAAUGGUGGUAUUUUAGUUAGUAGCUCAGAUCUGGGUGAUAUAUCUGUGGAAAGUUCCAAGAAUCAGAAGAACAACGGAUGUGAUGAUGGGCUGCCAAGAAAGGCUACAAAGGGCCAGCUGAGCAGGAGGGUGAAGCCACACGCUUUAAAUUACAUAGCUCCUGUCACAAAACGGCGUCGGAGACUAUCUGCUUGUAGUCGUGCGGAGACCAGCCGCAGCACAAUUAGUUUCUCUGUGGCUUCUGGGUUUAAAAAAGAAGAGGCUAGUUGCUGCUCAGGCAAUCAUGAUUCUAGCGAGAAUCAACUCUGUGAAGUGGAUCCAUCAGAAAAGGGAUCCUCCAUCAGUUCUUCGUCUAAAAGGAGCCCAACGAGUGAAGGCAUCCUCAGUGGUGGUGGAGACCCUGUGCAUGAGAAGCCUCUAUUGCGGACAUUGAUCGACCUGAACCUACCUCAUGUCUCCCCAGAAUUGGAUAUUGAUAGAUCUUUUACAUUGGAGUUGACAGAAAGCCAGGAUGAUCAAACAAAAAUGCAGCUGGAUAAACCCAAUGGGCUGAAAACCCCUAUGGAUAUGGCCAAUACUGAGCAGCAGCCUAAUAUUUCCCGAAGGCAGAGCACAAGAAACCGUCCUUUGACCACAAGAGCGUUAGAGGCUCUUGCAUGUGGCUUUUUGAGUACAAACCGAAGGCGAAAGAGUACAGAAGCCUUUCCUAAAGAAAACUUAAUGUCAAAACCUUCCCGACGUGCCCGAGGUAGGGAUAUGAUUUCCCAGGUGGAAGAAGGGGGAAUUGAUGGGUGUAAGAGCAAUGGUGGGUUGCUCAACAAGUUUCAGAUGGAAGCUCCGAUUUCAGGCCCUUGAGUCUAUCCCAAGCUAAUUUGCCAGCAUCCACCUUUAGGAUUGAACCUGUAGCAGUACCAGUAGCUGACAUAUGCUUAGGUGGAAACGUAAUAUCAGUUGGGCUACUUAACUAAACCAGGAUAUGCAAGGAGCACAGCAAUUUCACUGUUGACUGGCUGCGACAUACAGGGCGCGGAUGCACACAUCACAGAGAGGUAUUAGCAGUGUGACCUUACCUAGAAGCUGUUUACAUAAAAUAAACGCCUGCAGCCAUGAGGUUCUGAGGAAAAAAAUGAGAGGAAAUUUCUCUCUCCUGUCAAAGUUUUAAUACAAGAACAUUUUAUAGAAUUGAAAAAUGGGUGUUUAUGUA